GUUGAGUUUAACUGAUACUUUAUUAAAACUCUGUGAUGAAAAAUACAUUUUAAAAGAAACUUUUGUUAGAAAUAGAAACCGGAGAAUAAACAUGUUUAGCUAUAAUGGCUAUACCAAAUGUGAUAAAAGGUUUAAUGAACAGGGGGAGGUGGUUACAUUUUUAAUAGUCGCUACUUUCGGCACAGCUUGUCGCAUAUUUUCCUAAUAAUGGGAAUUCAUUUUUGUUUUCCUACAGCCAGUGAACCUAGCAAAAUUUAACAAGGCCCAGUGCCUAAAAGUCAUUUGUUUUCGCUGAAUCGGACUGACUGGAUUGGACGGCCAGGGGUUCCGCCCACAAACACACAAGGUGGAGUUGAAAAAAAAAAAAAAAACACUGGGCCAAAAUGAAGCUGUCAAACAGCCGCUUCCAAUUCAGUAAAAUAGGUUUGGAGCUGGUGGAAACCGCUUGAGCCAAACCGACUAAUUACAAGUUGAAUUAAAAUUGUGUUUUAUGAUUAUUAUUUUAUUUUAAAUAGUUAUAUUAAAGAACCAUAGUUGGAACUUUGCCUUUUGAUGGUCUGCUAAAAUACCCACGGUGCAAAUUUCGGCUCGGAAAUGUAACCAGGACGGCUUCGGGGAGCACAAAUAAUCGUGCCCGGUUGUAUUCAAAAAUCAACGUUGCGCCACCGCAAAACAUAGAGUUGAGUCGGCGUAGCGAAAUGGUUGGAUGGAGAGGGAAAAGCUGCUGCGCGUUGAGUGGAGGGAGACUGCGAGUGAGAUGGAGGCGGGGGGAAGGACCGUCUCUGCGGGGACUGGAGCCCAGCAUCGACGGCGCAGUGCUGGCUAUAGUUCAACCCUCCCCUUCUUCCUCCACAGCAACACUAAGGCUCGCAACGAGACGGGUAAGGCACCACAAAACUAGGUCGGUUUCAUAGCUAUUCUGCAAAGAAACGCGUAAAAAAGGCAGGAAAAAAAUACUAAAACUUUACAAAUAAAUAGGUUUUGAGUGAGUUGUCCUUUAAAACCUCCUCGCACGGUAGUCUCUUUGUAGCACCGAAACAGACCGACCGUUGUGGAAGGGUAAGACCGAGGUCGGCCAUACCCGAAUUACUUAUCCCGAACAGCGGGGAAGAACGUUGCUGCAAGACCCGAAGGUAUGUUUCACUUUUGCCGAAUUUUUUACCCGAGGACCACCUUAGACAAAAUACAUUAACCGAAACUGAGCCAUUUGUGAUGUAAUGUUGUUUGCGUGGGGGAAUGAGCGGUGGUUUCCGCGCCGAUACCUCCAUGCGGCUGUUGGCGGAACAACUAGCCGCCUCUCUCGGCCAGCCAUCAGGGAUCUCGGUUUAAUAUCUCACCGUACAGUGACUCGCCCUCCCUCUCCCCCUCACUCUCUCACCGACUGUAGCCCAGAACUACCAGCGACGACCGAGCUCGAAGAACCCGCCUUCUCGUCCUCGCUUAUGCGCUUUUCGGAUGUAGGGAAGGGAGUCUGCAACGCCCCGGCUUUAGCUCUGAGCUCCGUUGUCUGUGUUUGCAGUGCGCCAUUGGACCUUGUCACGAUUCAAGUCAGUAUAAUCACCAAUGAAUGGAGAAAUGGAGGCGGUGGCCCAGGACCAAGUGUGGGUACAGGAUGACCUCCUAAAAUUGCUAGAGGCCAUGAAAGUGGCUCUGCCUCAGAAGGAUCUGACAAAAUACAAGACCUCUGAGUCCCACCUUGACUGGCAGAAGGUAGCCUUCAACUCCUACACAGCAGAGAUGUGCAAGCAGAAAUGGCAGGAAAUCUCUAAAGAGAUUCGUAAAUUCAGAACUCUAACCGAGCUGAUAGUUGAUGCCCAGGACUACAUCAAGAACCCUUACAAAGGCAAGAAAUUAAAGAAACAUCCAGAUUUCCCCAAGAAGCCGUUGACACCGUAUUUCCGUUUCUUCAUGGAAAAGAGGGCCAAGUAUGCAAAGUUGCAUCCAGAAAUGAGCAACUUGGACCUUACUAAGAUCCUCUCCAAGAAGUACAGGGAGCUUCCUGAGAAAAAAAAGAAAAAGUAUGUUGAGGAUUUCUUGCGUGAUAAGGAAACAUUUGUGCAAAGUAUGAUGAAAUUCAGGGAAGAACAUCCAGACCUCAUGGAGAGCAUGACCAAGAAAGGUUCAAAUGUCCCAGAAAAGGCCAAGACGCCCCAACAGCUGUGGUACAACCAUGAAAAGAAGGCGUUCCUCAAGACACGCCCUGAUGCAACCACCAAAGACAUCAAGGACAGUCUUGGUAAACAGUGGACGCAACUGUCCGACAAAAAGAGGCUCAAAUGGAUUGGCAAGUCCCUGGAGCAGCAUAAACUGUACGAGGAAGUGAUGCGGGAAUACAUUCAACAGCACCCAGAGCUGAACAUGACUCAGGGAGACAUUGUAAAGUCCACCCUGACCAAGGCGGAGCGACACCUUAAAGACAAGUCCGACGGCCGGCCUGACAAACCCCCUCCAAACGGUUACUCAAUGUUCUGCGCCGAGCUGAUGUCGAGCAUGAAGGACGUUCCGAGCACAGAGCGUAUGGUGAUGUGCAGCCAAAGGUGGAAGCUCCUGAAGCAGAACGAAAAGGAUGCCUACCAGAAGCGCUGCGAACAGAGAAAGAAAGAGUAUGAAAUUGAGAUGAACCGAUUUCUCAGUACUUUGUCAGAGAAGGAGCAGCAGCGGGUUUUGGGGGAGGAUAAAAUUGGCUUUAAAAAGAACAGCGCAGCCAGCAGCCCUGCCUCUAAAAAGAAAAAUGCUAAAACAAAGGCAAGUACAGAGAAACCCAAGAGGCCCAUCUCUGCCAUGUUCAUAUUCGCUGAGGAGAAACGACCCAAGCUGCAGCAGGAGCGACCGGACCUCCCUGACAGUGAGCUUACAAGACUCCUGGCUCGCAUGUGGAACGAGCUGCCUGAUAAGAAGAAGGAGAAGUAUAAACGUCUGGAGACUCUUCUGAAAGCAGAGUCUGAGAAGAAGGAGAAGGAGGAUAGGAGUCGUCUGCCGGAUCCGCCCAAAACGGCUCAAGAAAUCUGGCAGCAGAGUGUUAUAGGGGACUACCUUGCCAGGUUUAAGAAUGAUCGACCAAAAGCACAUAAAGCAAUGGAAACAGCAUGGAGCACCAUGGAGAAAAAGGAGAAGAUUAUGUGGAUCAAAAAGGCUGCAGAAGACCAGAAACGAUAUGAAAGAGAUCUGUGUGAGAUGCGAUCUCCUGCUAAUGUAGUUACUACUGUGAAGAAGAUGAAGUUUGAAGGGGAACCCAAGAAGCCGCCGUCAAACGGAUACCAGAAGUUCUCCCAGGAGAUGCUGUCUAACGGGGAGCUGAAUCACCUCCCCAUGAAAGAGCGGAUGGCUGAGAUUGGCAGCCGGUGGCAGAGGCUGCCACUGAAGGACAAGGACCGCUACAAGAAGAUCGCUGAGGAGAAGCAGAGGCAGUACAAAGUCCUCCUGGAACAAUGGCUUGCUAGCUUGUCUUCACAAGAGCGAAAUACUUACAGAGAGUACAAUUCACAAAAAAGAAGAAAUCCAGCAAAACCUGGAGGUGCAAAGGCAAAGCUUAAAAAAUCUGACACGGAGGAGGAGGAGGAUGAAGACGACGAUGAUGAGGAUGAAGAAGAUGAGCAGGAGAAGGCUUCCUCUGGAGCAGACUCAUCCAGCGAGGAGGACGAUGAAGAUGAGGAUGAUGACGAGGUGGAUGACAAAGAAAACAAGUCAGAUGAUGACAGCAGCAGCGAGUCUAACUCUGCUGAAUCGUCUGAAUCGGAUUCGGACUGAAAAGGCCGAAGUCAUCCAGAGAUGAACUAAGCAGCGCUGAGCUGAGCCAAGAGUCCAGGGAGCUCUGCCACUGUGCCAACCCUGCUCUCCUCCCACUGGAGGGAGCUACCAUCCUCUACUUCGCUUCAUCCAUCCCACACCCAGUUUCUGUUGCUGCUGUGGUAAAAAGUACUCAAGAAGGCACCCUGGCCCUGAAAUCAGUCCAAUUCCCUCCUGGGUGUGACGGUCACCUCGCAGCUGACGUUGUACCAAAAACAGCAUCCCACUGGUUUGGUGAUGUCGUGAACAUUUCUUCUCUGAGUUCGGUUGUUUGAUUAUUUUUUUUUUUCACAGGCUCUAUAAUAAAGGUUAGAGGUAAACGUGUCAGGUUAUCAGUUUCCCUCCAGUGUUUUUGAUUUUUCUGAGGAGGAAGUGGUGAACAGGCUUCAGAGCCAAAGAACAUAGUUUGGUGGAUCACUUCAGGAAGAGGGGGGGCAGAGAGCAUGUGCAGGGCACUGAAAAAUUGCACUCUUUAGAAUGUCUUCUUUAAUUUUUUCUCUAUAGGGCAUUGUUGCUUUGUCUUGUAUUUUCAAUUGAUGUAGAUUUUCUGAUUUAAUUCUUACAAAGGUGGUAUUUUUUUUCAGGAGUAAAAAGCAGAGUCAAGCCAUUAUGUGUUUUUGUUGCUGGAAGUCUUUUCAGAUGUCUUCAUUUACCCCUUGUUCUCACUGAGCAUUCUCUUUCAGUAGAUUUAGCGCGUUUUCAUCAUUUCACAGUGAAUCAAAGUAGGUGUACAGCCGGGAUCCAGCUUAUUCAUACCCCUGGAAGAUUUACAAUUUGAAAGUAUGUUCAUACAGUCGUGAAGUUUGAUUUUGAUUGGAACUGACACAGGUAAUAAGGACAAUGUAGAACGGAUGCCAUAUUUGGGGGGGGGGGGUUUAUUUACAUUUGAACAAAAAAUGGGAUGUUGAAAAUGACUUGUAUCCUUUUUUAAUAACCAGUAGAAAAAUCAAUUAUUAUUGUUCGAACCCUUACAAUAAUUGCUGACCAGCUUCAAAUUAAAAGAUUAAUUAAAAUCUAAAUCUGACAGGUAUAAAUUGGUUUGGUGUAACCGUUGCUCCACUUACUAAAGAUACAAUAAUUGCUGUGAUGUUGAGUAAACCCACUUAGCUAUUGAAAUUUUAUUGCUGUUACAAUCAGUUUUUACCAAACUAAACAUCUGUAGUCAUUCUAACUAAAAGGAUAUGUGUUUUUCUUUUUUUUUUUUUAGGUUCUGACUAAUCUGCAGGCCUUUCUUACGCAGUUUGUACCCUUUGCUGUUUUGAAAUAUACAGUUACGUGUUAAAAUCUUAUCAGAAGGUUCAACAUACAUUUUUUCCUUGUGUAAAUAUUUGGUAACAUCACAGGAGCCAAAUCUAUCUCAGAAACAACCUUUCCUUUCGGUUAUCAGUCUUGAGACAAUUCUGGUUGUCACUGUUACUUCAGCAGUUUGUCUGGACCUCAAGGGGAGAAAUGGUGUUAACUGUGCAGCCAUAUUUGCAGUUGUCCACGCUGGGAGGGUUGCCUAAAUGCUUACAGGUUUUUGUGAGCCUUGGUAUUCUGCUGAGGACCUGAAUGCUUUCAACUUUUUUCAUCAUUAUUAUUUCAAGUAUUUUUAUUCUGUAACCGGUUUGGUUUUUGUCUAAUGCCACCCUCUCAAAAAGUGUGCACUUAAUGUAAAUCUGUCUCUCUGAGUUUGUGUGCACACAUGCACAUUACUGUGUAUAUAGGACGAUGUGUGCUUGUGUGUUUCUCUUUGCUUUAAUGUUUGCUGUUCUUGCUGUUUCCUUGCAAACCAAGAUGUGACUACAGCGUGCAUAUUCGUGCCUGUGUGGGGGCAUCAUACCAACACCAUGAAUGUACAUAUUGUUUAGUUUUCGGAUCCCAGCCCAUUUGAUGAAAUGAAAAAAGCUUCCAUCAUCUUUGUUCUGAUUGAAUACUCUGUUAUUAGUCUGUAUGUGAUGGGAUAUUCUGUCGCUCAGACCGAAACAAAAACCAACGUGGGAGGGAAAAGUGACUGACACAAAAGGGAGGAGCUGAGUUACCUGAAGACUUGGGGUGAAAAAAAAAAAAAGAAAUUUUUUCUGUAAAUAGUUUUUUUUUUUUGUAUUGAGUGCAUUUUUUGUUAGUACUUUAAUUUUACAAACUCUCAUCUGUGACUUCCAGGGCCAGUGAGUCUUCCACUCACAGGAGAAGAGUUUUUAGUUUCAGGUCACCUGUUUUACUUGUUUCUUCUCUUCCCCUGUGUUGGUUUCUAGAGAUCUGUAAGACAGCAAAGUUAACAAGUUUGUACUGCUGAUCAUUUGACAGGAUUUGAUGUUUUAUAUAGCGGAGGAUGUUCUUAUGUCCUUGUAGUUCAAGUAAUUUGGGCAAAUAAAAAAGUUUAUCCUUAAAA